GGAAAUAGAAGAGAAGAGCCCAGAAAGCACUUCUCUUCUUCACCCUCUUCCUCCUCCUCUUCUUCCUCUUCCUCUUCAUCCUCCUCUUCUUCUAAGUCUUCCUCCAAACAACUAAAGGAACGAGAAAACUUUGCCCGAAGUUUGGCUAAAAGAAAACCCUGGGAGGAAGGAGGAGGAGACUCACAGGACUCAGGUAACUUAAGAAUCCUUGAGGAGGCGACGACGAAGCCACAACACAGUGAUGAGGAGAAGGAGAACGAAGAGGAGGAGCAGGAGGAGGAGCAACAAGAAAAUGAGGACCAGGAGGAGGAACGUGAAGACGAGGCUGUAGAGGGUGAGGAAGAAGAGGCACGGAGGAGCGAGGGAGGAGCAGGAGGAACAGAAGCAGAAAAUUACGAAGAAAUAAGAGGCAAGACCAUGGACAAACCUCCGACCACUAAGCAUAAACCGUCCACAUUUUCCCACCAUCUCACCACCUCCACUUCUACACACCCUCACUCCACCAGGCGCUCUACACUACCAAUACCUCCUCCUACCUCAUCUAGCAUACCAGCAGCGUGCCCUCUCCCGCUUAGAAGAGUGAAAUCAGGGGCUCCGAGGCCCUCAAGCGCUCAAAGAAUUGGUUCAAGACACUCGCAAGCGCAUUCCCAAAGCACUCGUUCAUCUACGCAACAACCUCAGCCAUCUCAGCCUCCAGUAGCUACUCUACCCUUCUAUAGAUUGCCAGGGGAGCCGUACAGAGCCUCAGUAGAAGCCAGAAGCCCCAGCAAGACGAGAAAACUAAAGAAGUCACCCAGAAAAGGAUACCCGCCUAGUGGUCUCGCUUCCUCGGCCGCGAGUCAUGUUGUAGGUGCAAGCGGUGUAGUUUCUCGCCCUCAGAUCAUCAGUAAGGGUUUCCAGCAAGAUUUCCAGGCGCCAGGGAGUGUGUUCCAUCUGCCAAUCACUGACCAGAGAGGUGUGGGUGGUGAGGGGAGAACGCUAGGGAGUGGCACGUGGCCCGGAGGACGCCGCCGUGGUGCCUCCUCGCUGGUGCCCGCUGCUGAGAACUCCCAACACAGACCGCGGAUAACAUGGGCUUCUGCACCGCCUCGCUAUCAUGGGACGAGGCGGCCCUCAGACUCCAGCCCCUCGCCGGCCUCCUCCCACAGCGACGACAGUGACGAAGGCAGCCGCUCCGCAAACUCCACUGCUGAGUGCGACAGACAAGACCACGCGGAUCCUCACGAUGUACCAAGGCCGCGAUCUCCUUCCCCUGGCAGGUUACCGCCACGCCUCCCAGUUGUGAGGGUGGUGCCGUGUUGGUCCCCGAGCAGUGACACUACCUCUCUCACGCCCUCCUCCACGCCCCGCCUCCCCCGCCGCCAGAUGACGCCCACCCCGCCCGGAGGAGGAGCUAAGAAAAGCGCAGGAGGAGGAGGAGGAGGAGGAGGCGGAGGAGGAGGAGGGCGCCAUACUCUCUCGAAAAGGCGGGUGAACAGCGCACGCCCCGCCUCCGCCACCCACCAUCACCACCCACAUCACCGCCUGCCGCCCACUCUUGCUGCCGCCCGUAGCCUUGACCAUUUGACCGGGCCGUGGAGCGAGACGCAAGACAGCCGCCCCUCCCCAACCACCCCACGCCGCGCCAUGUCUGCUACCUCCUGCAGAAGCCACCGCUCCCCUCGACCCUCCUCUGCUCUCUCCGCCAGGAGCCCCAGGCCGCGGCGAGGCGAGGGAGGAGACCCUGGUGGCGGAGAGGGACAUUGCUGGAGUCCCCGCCUUUUGCCCCACCACCGCUCCGUCAGCACUGUCUCCCUGGCGGACUCAGCCAUUCUGGCCAAGUUCAUGGAUGGACUGGACAACAUGCAGCUGCCGGCGAGGGACGUGCGCCUGCUGGAGUUGUUGGUGAAGAAACACGAGCGUCUGUAUGAGGAGCACAACAGGUCCCAGCAAGCCCACCGCGCCUGGCUGCUGCAGAAGGAACGCGACACUAAGGCGGCGGCGUCAGAGUGGGCGGCAUGGCGGUCGCAGGUGAAUGAAAAACGGCGGCGGGAGAAUGAGGAGAACCUUCGGCGGUGGCGGCGGCUGGAGGAGGUGUUCCGGCAGAGUCAGGAGAACCUGGCCUCUCUCAUCAACGGCAAGGAGCGACGCGCUAGGGAACUACUCACUCUCCAGCGCCAGGCCAGGGCCCGGCGGGUGGAGGAGCGACGGUCGGCGGAGAGCGCAAGGAAAGAGGCACAGGAGGCUGCGCUGCGGGCUCGGGAGGAAGCAGAGGAGCGCAAGCGGCAGCACCUGAUUCAAAUGUGGGAGCAGCAGCAGCGCCUGGUGGAGCAGCGACGGAGAGAAAGGGAGGAGUUCUUCAGGAGGCGAGUGGCGGAAGGCAACCUGGCGGAGACAGAACAGCAGGAGGAGAGGCGGCAGCAGGUGGAGGCGCGAGGGGAGGCACUGUUGGCAGCCAUGAGGAGCAACAUGGAGGAGCGGCUGGCCAGGGCGGAGGCCAAUCUGCGGCUAUUGAACGAGGCCAGGGAGGACACGCUAUGCAGGCAGAGGGAUGAGCGGGAGCGGCGAGCGGCGGCGGUACGGGCUCUGCACAACCAGCUGGAGGCGUCCAUGAUGCAGUGGCGCCAGCACAUCUUGACGCGACAGCUGGAGUCUAUGGCAGCGGCGGAGGCCAGGCAGGAGCAGUACCUUCGAUCGCGUGCCAACAGGAUCUACGCUGAGAGGAAUUCCCGCCACCUUCACCACCACCACCUCCUGCAGCAGGUGCUGGCGAGGGAGGAGGCGGAACUGGCUAUGGUGAGGAGAUGCCUAGACGCCAAGGACACGAGAUCACAGGAGCUGGCAAGGGAGAGGGAGAGGCAAGUGGCCAGGGCUCGCUCUACAGCGCACACCACUGCUGCUCUCAGAGAUAACCUCAAGAAGAAGUUAGCGCCGGAGACGUUUGACAAGGUGGUUGCUCGUGCUAACUUGGAACUAAGGAUUGAAAACCGUCCACCGGCCACCUCCUCCAUGGGCACGCGGUCUCAUAUCUUCCUGGGCUGAGGCUGACACGCUACCACAUCCGAACAGCCUCUCUCAGUCUCGCACAGUUUAACUACACGCUACGCAACACUAUCUGCACUUACGCACGCACUAUAUGGACUAACACACAGUUUUCUCUCUUCAACGGGUCAAGGAUUCAUCUGGUUUACGUGUUUCCAUGUAUGUUCAGUCAUAUGUAUUCAGAAACACUUUGCUCUCGUUCCAAGACUAUUUUCAAAGACCACAGAGAUAAAGCGGUUUAUCAAGAAUAUUUCUCUUCGCAGUAAUUGAUUAAAGGUACUUUAAGAUUGUGGGAAAUUACUCUCUUCAUAUUUCCCAUUGAUGGUAGUCAGUUUUAUAAUUGAUAGCUGGGAGACGGAGGCGUGGUGGAUGAAGUUCUGAGCGUGGGAUCGGGCAGACGUCCACGCGUAGAUUCGAAUCCCACCAAAUACCACUUAGAAGCUAUGCCAUUUGUCGAGUGGUUUAAAGUUAUCUACAUGUCACCAUGAUACCCAGGUUCUAGG